AUGCCCGAUGCCAUCACAUCAGUUCUAACACGAACUGGAUGCUCUGCUGGCACCAAGGGCCAGCUCAGUUCUCCAGCCGCCAUAUGGCCCACACAGAUGGAAGACUCACCGCUCGAGGAGGUCAUCAGCAGCCCUGUGGCAUCAGAGUCUCCUGCAAUGACUCGACCCCAGUUGAUCCCAACGAUCGCUUUGAAGAAGCGUUCCAUCGAGACGGUCAAGUUGCCUGUGCAGCGCGAUGCUGUGGAUCGGCCGCGCGUGCCACCCCAAGACGACUGGAAUGUCCAUGUGAAGUUUACGAGCAAGCGGAACCGCGGGCGCAAGUCCUCGCCCAAGGAGAUUUUGCCGAAGACUUCGGCCAAAAAGAAUCGCACAAAGGUCACAGCCCAGCCGCCGAACUUGACCCAGAGUGCGCCCUGGAACGUGGUGGCGGGUGGCUCCUGGAACACUUCACCUGCCGCCGCGGAGGCAGCGCCCCCAAAACAGGAGCGUCCACCCAUGGCCGCAGCCAAGACUGCAGCCCCAUCGACACAGCCAGAGAAGAUUCGCAGUGAGGAUGCUCGAGCGGCGCCCGUGGCCCGUGUCCCAGCCACCAUCACAGCCACUGUCCCUGGUGUGGCCACAUCCUGGAACUUGGUGGCACGCAAGUCCUGCCACAAGGCCCUGGCCACCAAGGAAGAGUCACAGAGUCAGCAGCCAGCAGCUAAAGCCAGCGGAGAGGCUUCCCCGAUGGCUCAGCCUUGGCCAGCAGCCAAGGACGAGCCACAGAAGAGUCCAGUCUCCCCAGUCCGGGAGUCGUCGUCGGUGGCCCUGGAAAUUGACUCGGCCCCGCCGCGUCCGUCCAGGAACUUGAUCGCAGAAUGGGGCCUCGCAGGCGUAGACGCUCAAUGGAUCCCUGCUCUUCCUCCUCCUCCUGCUUUUCCUCCUCGCGAGACUCGCGUGUGA